AUGGAACAUCUAGAAAAAAGGUUAAACAACGCAUGUUAUAGUAUUAGAGUACUAAGCAAGUACCUAGACCUCAAGACUCUAAAAACUGUAUAUUACGCGAAUUUUGAAUCCAUUGUACGUUUUGGAAUAAUUUUUUUCGGACAUAGUAGCGAUACCAAUAGGAUCUUUCUAGUGCAAAAGCGAGUGCUGAGGUGCAUUCUAAAAAUUUCCUCUAGAGAGACUUGCAGACGAAAAUUUAAGAGUAAUAAAAUUUUAACUGUAGCCGCAAUAUAUAUUCAAGAGAUUCUAAUUUUUACAUUUAAAAAUAUUAACAAUUUUAUCGGUAACCCACGAAGUGACUAUAACACAAGAAAUAGAAAUAUAAAUCUUCUGUAUCCAGUCCAUCAUCUCACAAUUACCGAAAAAAAUGUCCAUUACAGCUGCACUAAAAUAUAUAUAAAAGGAUAUAAAAAGAGUAUUUAUCUAUUGUUAAUGCACUUAGAACCAUAUCACCUUCAAGAAUAUUUUGAAAUGUAAUAUCUCUAUUAUGUUUUGCCUCUUUGUUUUUUCUGUCUUGACGACACUGACGUAUAUUUCACCUAACAGUGUAUAAUACAAUGUAAUCAUGGACUGUUAUUUUGAAAUAAAGAUUUAUAUUAUUAUUACCG